AUGUUGAUUUCCCUUCCCAACUAUCCGGCAAACACAUCAUGGCUGGAUGAAGAGGAACAAGCCUACGCCCAAUGGCGACUGAUUCAUGACGCUGGCGAGGCGGAUGACACGGGGGCCGGAAAUAUUUCAGAAGCGCUUCGAUUAGUGCUGACGGACCCACGUAUCUAUUUGUUUACCCUGUUGCAGCACACGUCGCUGUUGUCGCAGAAUUUCCAGUACUUCUUCCCGACCAUUGUGCAAACACUGGGCUACGGUAAUAUCGAGACCCUGCUCAUCACGGCCCCCGUGUGGAUCGCAACCUUCCUAGUCUCCUUGGUUGUGACAUGGACAUCAGGGAAGACCAAUGACCGCGGUAUCCACAUCAUCUUGUUGAUGCUGGUGAGCGUGGCAGGGGCCAUAAUCUGCACGGCCACCACCAACAUCGGGGCCCGAUUCUUCGCCAUGUUCUUAAUGCCCAUGGGGGCUGUUUCGGCAUACCAAAUUAUUAUCGCUUGGAUCGCCAAUUCGUUCCCUAGACCCCUGGUCAAACGCUCCGCAGCCAUCGCCAUAGCCAACAUGCUAGGUAACACAGCGUCUAUCUAUGGCAGUUACAUGUGGCCGUCAUCCUCGGGGCCGCGGUACAUUCCAGGAGGAAGUGCUACAGCGGGCGUGGCUUUGCUGGUGGCCGUGUUGGCAACGGUGAUUCGGAUGGUGCAUGCCAGGAUGAACCUUCAGUUGCAGGAGCAGGAGGAGUCCAAUGAAAGUGGAGAGAACACGCCGCAGCAUCCGGUCGGAUUUCGGUACAUCCUGUAG